GGAAGGAGAGGAUGAAUGAGUGUGAUCUGCUAGGAGUAUAGCCCUGCUAUGUUUAUCAUCUGAUUAAACCUACAGUCAACAUCUACCACAGGCCGUUGGAUGAAGUUAAAAUGGGCUCCCACAAGCAAAGGUUUCAAUGCUUUGACACCAUCAUGGACGACCCGUCUCUCAAGCCCCCUUUCCCUCAUGGACACUGCUCUACAGCGUCCUUCAGAGGCUCGUCCGGCUCUACAAGACUGGAGCCGCUGGAGGAUCGUCGAUGCUAUCUGUGUGCUGAUCACCAGCAGGCCAGGGCGAUGGCCUCAGAGGCCUCAGGAUAUUACUCAAACCCAUGGUAUCAUUUCCAGACACAUCCACACUCUCAGCAGUAUACAAUCAGGAGGCCCACUCGACCUGAGGAAGCUCCUGGACAGGUUGAAGGUCACCACCACUAUCACCACCACCAUCACAGGCACUCCAGAAAGAUUGUGCUUGUGAAAAACAGUGACCCCUCUGUCCGGAGGACCAUCGUGCUGCACCGCAGGAGCCUGCGGAGUCUGGUGCUCUUCAUGGACGAGGUCUCUGAACUCAUGCAAUGUGUCAUCAGGAAGCUCUACACACUGGAAGGCCACAAGAAUGUCUGGAGUCGAUCCAGGCAUUUCCUGUCCAUCAGAGCUGGACUCACUAGUCAUUGCUGA